CUCUCUCCCUCCCAGGUGUGUGGGCCCAGAUCCAGAUGCCCCAGUCCAGUAUGGAUGUGAUCCAGGGUCAGAUGGUGGUUCUGAGGGCCGUGUACAGCAGGAGGCUCGGCAGUGACCUGAGCCUCAACACCAUCAUCUGGAACUUCCAGACACCUGACACCACCCAGCUGAUCAUCUCCUACACCAAAGGCUCCAUAAGCGUGGGCAGCCCCCAGUUUAAGGGCCGCGUUGGGUUCAGCUCCAGCAUGCCCUCACAAAACCUGUCUCUGUACAUCAACGACACGCAGGAGUCCGACUCAGGACGCUAUGUCUGCCAGGUCAUCAUCCCCAACGACCCCGGCAGCACCGCCCAGCUCACUCUGGACGUGAAGGUGCCCCCGGCGGUCCCUAAGUGCUCUGUGUCGGGGAAGCCGGUGCUGAAGGGGAACGUGACCCUGAGCUGCUCCUCCAGCUCCGGGAAGCCCCUCCCUCUGUACCGCUGGAAGAAGACCAGCCCCACCUCCCAGGUCUUCUUCUCCCCCAUGCUCAAUGAGAAGACCGGCACUUUGAAGCUGAGCAACCUGAACAGCAACAUGUCAGGGAAGUACGAGUGCAGCGCCAGUAACGCCGCCGGCUCCGAGAGCUGCUCCAUCAACCUGGACAUCGUCACCUCCACUAAUGUGGGGAUGAUUGUUGGCGCCACAGUGGGCUCAGUGGUCGGCUUCAUCUUCCUCCUCCUCAUCUGCCUGGUUUUCCAGGUGAAGAGGCGGAGAGACAAUGAGGACGACAUGGCUAACGAGAUCAAGGAGGACGCUCAGGCUCCUAAGCGUGUGUCCUGGGCUAAGAGUGGCAUGGGGUCAGAUAUCAUCUCUAAGAACGGGACCCUGUCCUCCAUCGGCUCCAGCCCCCACCACCAAGAGCCCCCCCACCACCACAACAACCACCACCACCUGCAGCAAUACCCGCAGCGCCCCCCCUCAGACACCGCCUCCAUCAUCACGGCCACGGGCAGCAUGGCCGGGUACCGCCCCUCCCGCCACCACGGCGCCUCCACCCCCACCCCCACCCACUACAGCUACAACAACAACAGCACCCUACCGCGGGGGGGGGCCCUCCCCUCGGAGGCCAGCAUCAACGGCAGCUCCCUCCCCAGGCCAGAGCGCUACGGCCAGCUGCCCCAGGCCCAAGUGCUCCCGCAGACCUACAGCCAGCCUCAGCACCUCCUGGCUGCCCCCGCACCCCCACCGCUGCCCACAUCCACGGUCACUGCCUCCAACAUCGCCCGCAUGGGAGGGGUGCCCAUCAUGGUGCCUGCACAGAACCAGGCCGGAUCUCUGGUGUAAACCUGCAGCGCUGACACAAACUGUCCUGCCCCCCCCCACACACUGUGGAGAGGGUCAGCUGCAGAUAUGUUGAAGGGGAACUCUACACCUAGCGUUAGCAGGAACACAGGAUGGAGAGCUCCACUCCACUUCCUGCUUGACUGUCAGACACAAAUUGUUUUACUUAUACGUUAGUCUUUUAUAUUCUUUAUGUACCGUAUACAUUUCAAACUGUAUACUGUAGAAAUUAUUUUCAUACAUUUGUCAAGUAUCCACUUUUCUACUUUAUCAAUGCAUAUCUAACAUUUCAUUUGUUUCUUUGUUUCAUAUUUUUCAAACGUUGUAUUUUUUCCCCUGCCACACAAGAAUGAAGCACAUGGAUAAUGACCGGGUGGGGGGGUCUCACAGAUGAAUAUAAAAUAAUGAAGAAGAGGGCUAAGCAGGUCAGCUGUGUCCAUUAUCUUCAUAUGAACACAACCUAAAGAAGGGACUGUCAAGACACAAUAGAUGUUAGCACAAUAUAUCAGAGUGAAUGUCCGAGUCAGGGACGGGCUAGGUGUACAACAUGAAGAUGUGUAUUAAUGAGUGUGUUGCUGCAGCAGCAGGACGUUAUACAUGAUACAAGUUUGGCAUUGCAAAAAUAUUUGUAAUCCUUUUUUUGGCUUUACUUCUGUCGGUGGUUCAGAUUAUAAAAUGCUUUCAGACUGAAUUCUUUAAACACAGAUUAGCAAAAGCCUCUUAGAAUAUUGAGCAGUAUUUAGAAAUGCAGUUUGGUGACUUUGCUGAAACACGAGUCCAAACUUUGAAUAAUUUAAAGUUGCCUGCUAAAUUGAAAUUGUAAAUAUGAUAUUUAUUUUCUUACAGCAUAGCAUAGUGUUGGCCUGUAUAGGAAAUAUAACACAGGUCCCAUGUCUGCCUGCAACACUGGAUACCGAACCAAAGAUGAACAGGAUGGGACGCUUCAUUAUUACAUGUUUCUCUCUUUUCUUUCUAAUUCAGGUCAGUUGGAAAAAAACGAAUUUGUUUCCAAGUUACAGUAACAGGAAGUGACACAAGUCUUUCCAAAUCAAGAUCACUAUUGUCCACGUGUUGUUCCGGAAGGUGCCUAAAUAGUGCUCUGAUACUGUUUCCUUUCAUGAGAAACACCUCCUUUAAGUUUUGGGCUUUAAAGCAACUUCCGGAAUAUGAUCAAAUAAAUGCCGGCUUAAUACUGCUAAAGCUAGUUUCCAUUUCAAAUAAGAAAUAUUGUUUCCAUCUGUAGCUCAUUAACACACUACAUGACACAGAGGCACUGUGCUCAGUGAGUGAUCAUUAAGAUUAUGAACUUAUUAUAAAUGUUAGCUUUUAAAUGUAUACUAUAUUUAUGCAGAGUCAGUAUAAAUCAAAAUGGCUAAAGUCUUAAUAAUAAAUAAUGCGAAAAAUCAAUACAUCUGUCUAAGACUUAAAAAAGUGUUAAUUAUGUUUUUUUUCUCUCCACCUUGAAGUCACAAAAAUGCCUAUUGCGAUAUAAUUUGAAUUAUUUAAAGAAAGGAAAAACAGAUAUGUGUAUAAUGAUCAUACUAUCCAUUGUGCUGUGUUGUCAUUACACUGGAGCAUGUGUGAGCAGAGGAUGUACGUGAUGAUGUUGAAGAGUCACAUCAUGUGUUUCACUGAAGCCUGACGGGUCAGUGAGCUGCCAGGAAGCUUCGGAAGUUAUUGUUUUUUGUAUUGUUUUUACUACAUUAAAGCCAAAUGACAAGAGUU